CCAGCUAUGCUGCUACUCCUCGUCUUCAGUUCAACUCCUCCAUUAUCUGACUGGUCCUCCCGCUUCAUCGCUCUCAUUCGGAAGUCAUCUCCUUCCUUCCUUCGUUCCCACCUCUUUCUCUCUACCCUUCUCGCUUUCUGUGAAAGUGAAACCUUAAGGUGCUUUCCUCUUUUCGCCAGCGCGAAAUCUUCGGGGGACAACCCUUCUGUUUCUCUGCUUGUUGGGUUGUUUGAUGUUGCUGGGGUCGAGAUUUCUGAUUCAGAUACGGUAAUGUCUCGUGGUUUAUGGUCUCAUUUCCUUGAUUAUUGAGUCUAUGGUUUUGGAGAUAUGGCAGAAACUUCGAGGCCUCGGGUCACGAUCACUUUAGGGCGAGGCGGCCAGGUGGUAGAGAAGGCUGGGUUUGUGUCAGAUGGCGAUGCAUAUGAUUCUAUGCCACCCGUGGGGAGAAAGCGAUCCGUAAGAGACAGGCUAGGAAGUAGUGUAGAUGAUUCCGUGGUUCAUGGAAGCCACCUCAACAACAAAAGACUAAGGGGAUACAAUAAUGGAGCUAGUGUGAACAUUAAUGGUGUCAAUGGUAAUGAGAAAAGCUUACACAUUGGCAAAGAUGACCUCCGAUUCAAACUUAUGCAAAAAACGAUGUUUAAGCAGACGGAAAGCAAGGAUCAGCAUAAUAGCAUGGACCUACGUGAAAAGCUUUCAAGGACAGUUUUCCCACCCUUAACUAGUAUUGACAUGCAGCAGCACAUACCUCAGCGAAAGGACAUUAGCCUCUUGGGACGAGGCCCUCCCACAAAAAUUGCAAAUUAUUUGCCCCAGAUUGAGCCAAUGAGAAAUUCUUAUUCUGCUUGGACAUUGGAACGGAUAAGACGAAGGUCUCCAGAAAGAAUUUUAAGUUCUUCUCGAGGUCUCUCUCCUCAAAGGAAUGCGGAAGAACUUCAGAAGAGGAUAAUGGUUAGUUCAUUUGAUGACGUCAGAUCAGUUCCAUAUUCAACAAAAUAUGCUGUUGAUCCUUUAAGGCCUGUGGUUGCUGCAUCUUUAGUAACAAAACCUACACUACCCACUGGAUCUGUGAAGCCUGCAGGUCCACUUCUGCCCCAACUUCCUUCACCAGGCAGUGUAGGGCAGAAGAGUUCAUACACGGGCAAUGAGCAUGCAAGUGUUGAUAUCUUGUUACGUUCGCUGGGUUUGGAAAAGUAUGCCAUUUUUUUCAAAGCUGAGGAAGUGGAUAUGACUGCUUUAAAGCAGAUGGGAGACAAUGAUCUUAAGGAGCUAGGAAUACCUAUGGUAUAUCCUUUUAAAGCAAUAUUUACUUUCUCAUUUGAUUUCGAAUAUGUUUUAACUUUUUUAUUUGCUCUAUUCUCUCUCUCUCUCCCCCUUUUUUUUAAAGGUUGUGAUGCUUUAUAAAGCUUAGAAUGUUUAUAAUGUAUUGUGAAGGCAUUAUUAUUUAUAAGACAGAAGACAUGGAUCUUCUUUGACGUUUUGAAAAUUUCAGAGACCUUUGAGAUUUGGAAAAAAGACACGAACCUCUCUUGAGGUUACCAAAAUUCCAUAGACCUCGUAUAAAGAUUUGUGAAUUAGCAAAAAGACAUGCACCCCUGCCCCCCGGGGGGGUUGUAGGCGUCCCAAAAGUCAAACAUUAAAGAGGUCUGUAAAAUAUACAAAAUCUUAGGUGAGAUGUGUCUUUGCCAAAUCUAAGAAGAGGUUUGUGGGGUUUUUGAGGUCCUAGGGGAGUUUCAUCUUUUUGCCAAAUCUUAAAGAAUGUCGUCGUUUUUUGUCCUAAUUUGUACUUUGUACCAUCUUGCUUCUAUGCGAAUGAUCAAUGAAUGAGAAUUGUUAACAAACAUCAACAUGAACAAUUUUAUGUUCUACUAAAAUUACUGCAGACCCCUCCAUGCUUAGGCACUAUCUUUUUUCCCCUUAAUUCAUCGGAUUUUUUUGUGCUUUGAAAUUAUUGUGGAACAUCUCAAUUGUGAGAUGGCAUUCGAAAUUUGCUGGAAUAUCUCAAUUGUGAGAUGGCAUAUGCCAUGCACCUGCAAGUGAAGUUCCCAAAUUAUCAAUUUCUUCGUUUUUGUGUUGAUCAUAGUGUUGUUUGUUCAGUUAAUUGGUUCUGUUUACUAUGAAACAUCAGUCCUCUUGACACACACCCUUUCAAAAAAAAGGCUAGAAAUGGUGCCCCUCCCCACUCUCUCUCUCUCUCUCUCCCCUGACAUCAUAUUUUAGUCAUUAUGCUGCAAAUGUAUUCCUCAUUUUUUUUUUGUGAAUUGCAGGGGCCAAGAAAAAAAAUCCUCCUUGCUCUCUUGCCUCCUUCCAAACGGCAACCAUGAUGAGUGUGUGUAAAAUGAAGAAACUUAGCACGGAGGCAUUAGUUAUGUUCCGGUGUUGGGAUGAAUCUCGUUUAAAAGAAUCUUAACGUCCAAUUAAUCUGUAUUUAUUUUCAAAACCGCGGGGCCGGGGGGGUUGCGCAUGGCCAAUGAAUCAUUUUCACUCUCUCUUGUAUUCAUGGAUGCUGGUUACAGACCUGCCGUUCAAAAAUUUUGCUAUGUACGAUAUCUUGUUGUGUGUGUUAAAAUGUAGUUCUAUUGCUUUUUCCCCACAUGGAUUCCUUCUAGUGUAAGAGGAAACAUAUUCACUUGAACCA